AAGAAGAAGCUGUGAGGAUGGUCAGUAAGCCUUUUACAGUUGAUUUGAAUAAGCCUAUUGUUUUCCAGGUUGGCCAUCUCGGGGAAGCUUAUGAGAAAUGGGUUCACCAACCUAUCGUAACCAAGGAUGGUCCUCGGUUUUUCGCCAACGACUUUUGUGAGCUGUUGACACGCACUAAAUGGUGGGUGAUCCCCCUAGUUUGGCUACCAGUUGUAUGUUGGCUUGUGUGUAUCUCCACCCAAAGAGGUCUCACUCCUACAGAGGCAGCCUUGGCAGUGGUUGGUGGCAUCUUCAUCUGGACACUUCUCGAGUAUUGUUUGCACCGUUUUCUUUUCCAUAUUAAAACAACAAGUUAUUGGGGAAACACCUUUCACUAUCUACUUCAUGGCUGCCAUCACAAGCACCCUUUGGAUGGGCUACGCCUUGUUUUUCCCCCAGCUGCUACAGCUAUUCUGUGUGCGCCGGUGUGGACCAUGUUUAAGCUUUUAUCAUCUCCUUCAACAGCUCCAGCUUUGUUUGGAGGUGGGUUGCUGGGAUAUGUAACGUAUGACUGCACCCAUUACUACUUGCACCAUGGGAAGCCGUCUAAAGGAUAUGGUCAAAUUCUCAAGAGAUAUCACUUGAAUCAUCACUUCAAAGUUCAGAACAAGGGAUUUGGGAUUACAUCAUCUAUUUGGGACCACGUGUUUGGAACAUUCCCUGCAACCCAAGUGAGCGACAUAAGUAGGUGAUAGCGUACUAAUUCUCUAUA